CCGCCGCUCGGCGCUGCUUCAGUUUCCCGUCCCUCCUUCGUUGCCCCCCCUCCCGUUACCUCCAACUCCGCGCUCCGCCUCUGCGGGCAGUGCGCAUGUAUGGGGCGGCAGCCCAGCCCCUGAGUCACCCCCGGCUGCUCCCGUCAGCUCCCGGGAGGAAUUCCCCCCUGGAGGAGACGGAAAGGCGGCCACCAUGAAUCGUUUGGGGAAGAAAGGGGACGAGACCCUUAUCGAGAUGGCUCUGUCUGCAGAUGAUGACACUGCGGUUCUCACCAAGUUCACGCCAUCGCAGUCCGAAGGGGAGGACUGCAAUGGACCUUUAUCUGAAACGGUUUCCUCUGCAGGAUCAGAAGUCCCAAGCAGCUCUGAGGGCCUAAACAGCACUGAGACUACUUUACUCAUCCCUGAACAUCAAGUGAUUGAUAAAAGACAUCAAAGCAAAGAUUCUAUUUUCUUCAGAGAUGGUGUCAGGAGAAUUGAUUUUGUUCUCUCCUAUGUGGAUGAUCUCAAUAAGGAGUGGGAAAAAAAGUUGGAAAGAAGAAAAGAAUUUGAGAGUAAUCUGCAAAAGGCUGGUCUGGAACUAGAAACUGAAGACAAGAAGGAAUCUGAAGACGGCAAGAUUUACUUUGUGAAGAUCCAUGCCCCGUGGGAGGUUCUGAUCACAUAUGCAGAAGUGCUGAACAUCAAAGUUCCCAUCAAGGAAAAUGACAUUCCCUCCACGGUGGAGAACCCCCUGGACUGUAUGCUUGCCCCACUCAGGCUUCCCGAGAGCGUGAUGCACCCUGAGCCAGAUUACUUCACAGCACCAUUCAGCAAGGACAAGCAGGAGCUGUACCUCAUCAAUGAUGAGAACACUUUCUUCUCACCAUCCAUGAGAAACAGAAUAGUUAAUUACAUUCUCACCCGUUGUCCGUAUGGAACAGAAGAAGGGAAGAAAAAAUUUGGGAUUAAGAGACUGUUAAAUAAUGGCACCUAUUCAGCUGCAUAUCCUCUGCAUGAUUGCCAAUACUGGAAGAAGGCAAACGACCCAAACUGUGACAACGAGAGGUACACACUCUACAUGGAGUGGGCUCGCUUCCUGCGCUUCUACAAGGAGCAGCCUCUGGACCUCAUCAGGAAGUACUACGGGGAGAAGAUUGGAAUCUAUUUUGCCUGGCUAGGAUUUUACACUGAGAUGUUAUUCCUUGCAGCUGUUGUUGGCUUAAUCUGUUUUCUUUAUGGCUUGUUUACAAUGGAUGAUUCUAUGAGCAGCAAAGAAAUCUGUGACCCUGCAAUUGGAGGAGAGAUCAUCAUGUGCCCUCUUUGUGACCGAGAGUGUGAGUACUGGAGACUGAACACCACCUGUCAGUCCUCAGAGUAUUCCCAUUUGUUUGACAACGUGGCAACUCUCUUUUUUGCCAUUUUCAUGGGCAUAUGGGUUACACUUUUCCUGGAGUUUUGGAAGAGGAGGCAAGCUAGACUGAAAUACGAAUGGGAUCUGGUUGAUUUUGAAGAGGAACAGCAGCAACUCCAGCUGAGACCUGAGUAUGAGGCAAAAUGUACCCAAAAGAGGAGGAAUCCUGUAACUCAGGAGAUGGAGCCUUAUUUGCCAGUAACCAGCCAGGCUGUGCGAUUCUGCAUCUCAGGAGCCACAGUGUUGUUCUGGGUGUCUCUGAUCAUAGCUAGCAUGAUAGCUGUGAUCGUGUAUCGUCUGGCGGUGUACGCUGCCUUUGCCAGCCUGAUGGAGAACACCCAGAGCUUAGAGCCCAUCAGUGGCUUAUUGACCCCUCAGCUGGCAACCUCUGUCACAGCCUCAUGCCUGAAUUUUGUCAUCAUCAUGAUACUGAAUUUCUUCUAUGAGAGAAUAGCCAUCUGGAUCACUGAUAUGGAGAUUCCAAGAACUCACAUGGAGUAUGAAAACAGGCUUACUAUGAAGAUGUUUCUGUUCCAGUUUGUCAACUACUAUUCAUCCUGCUUCUAUGUGGCCUUCUUCAAAGGGAAGUUUGUUGGCUACCCAGGUGCUUACACAUACAUGUUUAAUCGCUGGAGAAAUGAGGAGUGCGACCCUGCAGGCUGUUUGAUAGAGUUGACGACACAGCUCACCAUUGUCAUGGCUGGCAAACAGAUCUGGGGGAACAUCCAGGAGGCCAUUGUCCCGUGGAUCUGUAACUGGUGGGGACGCCGGAAAGCCCGGAACAAUCCGGAGAACUUGUACAGUCGUUGGGAGCAGGACCACGAUCUGCAGACAUUUGGAGCCUUAGGCCUGUUCUAUGAAUACCUGGAAAUGGUCAUUCAGUUUGGAUUCAUCACUCUCUUUGUGGCAUCCUUUCCCCUGGCUCCACUACUUGCUCUGAUGAAUAAUAUCCUGGAGAUUCGAGUCGACUCCUGGAAGUUAACCACCCAGUUCAGGAGACCUGUGGCUGCCAAAGCACACAGCAUAGGAGUGUGGCAGGAAAUCCUGAACGGAAUGGCCAUCCUGUCUGUUGUCACCAAUGCUUUUAUUGUUGCAUUCACAUCAGAUAUGAUUCCUCGUUUGGUGUACUACUACGCUUACUCGGAGAGUGAGGACUCGCCUAUGUCUGGAUACAUAAACAACAGUUUGUCAGUGUUUCUGAUCUCAGAUUUUGUUGACAGAAACAGGCCUAAAGGGAAUCCAGAAGGCUUGGUCAUAUGCAGGUACAGAGACUAUCGAUAUCCUCCAGAUCAUGAGAAGAAAUAUCUACACACUAUGCAGUUCUGGCACAUCCUUGCUGCAAAACUGGCCUUCAUAAUUAUUAUGGAGCAUGUCGUAUUCAUCGUCAAAUUCUUUGUAGCAUGGAUGAUUCCUGAUGUCCCAGCAGACGUGAAAGCCAAAAUCAAACGUGAGAAGUACCUAACACAGAAAAUCCUACAUGAGUAUGAACUUGAAAAGCUGAAGGAGAGGCUGUGCCAAGGCGAUAAACGAGCCACGGAGAAGGAGUUCAUUGCCACAGAAGGGAGGAUGGAGUUGUCCAGGGCAAUGUAGCUGCAAACACACUUGUUUGGGAUUUAGUUCCUUCUGUCUGUUCGGUUUGGUCUGUGAUUUGCUCAGUGUGCAUCACCUUGGAAGCCAUAGGACAGUUUCAACUCUUUGCUUUCAGUCCAAAGAUUGUAGACUUUUCUUUAAAAGUCUCACUGAGCAUUCUAGGUGUAGUAAACCUACUCAGCUGUCUGACUUCAGCACUGUUUUCUGUUUACCUGUCACUUUGAAUAAGAACUGUAAUCUCCUAGAAUCUGGAUUCCCAGUAUAGGGAAUGUUACCCUCAAAGGGCUCACAGGAUAUUUAAGGUUAUUACCACAAGCCCUCCUCCUGUUGCCAACUGCAAAGUUCCAGGUUGUAUCCCAGCUGAUUGAAAGGGAUAUCCUAGAGGUCUUCUGCUGUGCAAAGGGGCUGAGUGUUAUUUUUAUGACAUGGUUGUUUAAACAGGAGAACACUUCUGAUACAAGGCUUAGAGUUUGGGGCUGGGUUUGUAUCCACUAUGUCUUAUGAAAAAUUUGUUUGCAACUUUGAACCUCUAUACACUUUUUAGAAGGAAUUGAUUUUUAAAGCUGUAUUGGCUUAAUUCCACUUGGAAUUAUUUCUGGGCACAGAAUUCAGUUAAUCCAUGCUAAGGAAGGAAAAAACCCUCCAGAGUAUAUUUCCUAAAGAUAUCAGCUGCCAAAGAGGUCACUCUUUAAAUGCAGGUACUGUGGAAUCAUCUAAUGACAGCAGUGUCUUGAGCAGAUGGAGACAAUGUGGAGAAGUACAGCUGAGUCCUCCCUCGAUCUCAGAAACUGCUGUUGGAAGGGCACAUUUUGGCCAGAGCUCCUCUUUCGUUUGGGUGCUCUGUGAAUGCCAGCGAGGUGCUGAAGCUGUGUCCAUGUAAUGUGACUGCAGAGUGCAGUGGACUGGGAGCUGGAGUGCCACACUCCUUCAUCCAACUGAGCGGUUUCUGGCUGGGUUUGUGUUCAGAAGAGUUUAUUCAAGCGUGCCAAAUAAUCUGUUUACAUUGCUGUUGUGAUUAUACAUAGGAGCCUGGGGGGGGGUUGGGUUUGUUGUUGUUUUUUUUUCUUUUUAAUCUUCAAACUGAUUUUUUUCCCUUUUUUUGUUAUGGGGCUUUUCUACAACGUUCCCAAGUUUAUAAGUAUGUAGUAAGUACAUGUGCAAAGUAGCUACCAGCUGUUCCAGCUGUUUAUGAAUGUGCCCUCCCGUUAGCAUUUGGAGCAGUUAGGCAUUUUUAGGAUGAUUUUGCUGUGUGUUUAAAACAUAUCAACACUCCCAUGCUUAGUGCCUUGUUUAUUUGCAUUUGGCAAAAGAUGUGAUUUUCAUCACAGUGGGGAAAUGUGUGUUCCCCAAGUGUGCCUGCAGGCAUCCUGAUACUGUGAACCUGCACACAGAGCUGUCCAGUGUUAGCCAAACCAUGCCUGCCUUGGCACACUUCUAGUGCUGGCUGAGCUGUUCCCAGAGAGCAGUUCACACCUGGGCUGCUUAGGUAAGGCAGCACCAGACUGUUGAGUUCUCUCAUGUUGUAUAAUACACUAGCUAGAGAGAGAAAAAAAAUUACUGUAUUUGCACUUUGAAAGUUAUACUUCCUUGCAAGUAUACAGAAAAAAUCAUUUAGAUUUGUAGUCCAUAUCAGCCAGACAAGUCCUGUUUACUGCAGUUCCCAUGGUUUGUUUUAGCAGGCAUAGCCUAUACAUCCUAGAGCAUCUGCCUAAGUAACCUUCGUGUCGUAACAGAGUUUUCAGUCCAUGCCUUGGGUUAGCAGAAGUUGUGUAAUGCUGAAGUGCCUACCUCGAGCGAGCAGCACAGGGUUUGGCUGCCAGGCAGGGGUGAAGCAGAUGUACAUUUCUCAUUACUGUAAGUUAUUCAGCUUGGCUCUGUCAGUUUGCUUGGUAAAUCAAGCACGUUAGCAAUCGGUGUUCACGGCGAGCUGGCCGUGUGCUUGAAUAUGCAGAUACAUUUGAAGCAAUGGAUUUCUUGGAGGAAUGAAUGUAGGAGUAAAUUAGCUCUGCUGCUUAAUGUACAAGCCAAAGAGGAGUAUCAGUCACUGUAAUUGCGUGUGUGACACCAGAAUUUACACAAUGCAAGCACUUUGCUGCCUCUGGCACACUGCCUGUUAACUAAACUGCUUCGUUUAGACUCCAGGGUUUUGUUACUGCUGGCAGUGCAAACAGGUGCUCCCAACAGCAAGGUGAGGAGGUGCAGAAGGCUAUUCCUAUGCAAAAUGUGCAAUCUGAUUGGAAACAUUCAGCGUUAAAUGCACUAUCCCUGCUUGGGGAGUGUUAGUUUCUUCAAUAAAAAGUGUCCUCAUAUACAAGACUUGAAAAGAUGUCAGCAAAACAACUGUUUAAAAGCAAGGUGGAGGAAAGCAAAGAAAUACCUGGGGUUGGGAUAGGCAGAAGCCCUGCAUGCAGAUGCUGGAGCUGACUUGGUGGUUUGGCCCAAACUUCCUGCUUCUGUCAAGCUUAUGUUUGAGAUCACUUCCUAUUGAAUGUUAUGCAAACAGGUGUUUUGCCAGUAGAAAGUGGGGAAAAUCUGAGAUGAUCUUCUUUUAAAAGAAUCCCUUUAAAACACAGCAUUGCACUUCAUAGCGUUACUUCCUUGUAUAUAGAGCUGUUGGGAAGAGACUGCCCUGUCCUCUUCAGAGCUAGUGGCACCUGACAAGUACCACCUCUUUGCAUAGUAGUUUGCCUUUUUUCUUGUUGUUAAGCAGUAUUUUGACAAAGUGUUCUGAGUGUGGUUAGGCUUACAGCGGUUCACACACAGACUAAACAAGACCAAUGUUGGAAUGUUUGAUUUUGGUGUGCUUAGUAUCAAUAUCUAGAAGUGGCCUUUAACCAAAGCAAAGGUAGUUCUGUGUUGGAACUACUGUGGUUUGAGCUACGAUUAGGGUUGGUUAGAAGAAGGAAAAUUGGCCUUGAAAGUAUAACACAAUCAGGGACUACUUUUUUUUGUCCCAGUUGCAAUUUCCUGGUUUUACCUUGGGAAGGUUUAGUGUGGUAUGUUCUAAGCUGAUGACUGCAAGCUAAAGAGUUUAAGACACUAUACUGUUCUUUUUCUAGAAGGUUUUGUUGUUCUGCUUUUCCCUUGUUAUGUAAUGCUAGCUGAGACAACAAAAGGGAGUGAGAAUAGGUGGACUUUCUUCUUGUUCUGUGUGUACUGCCCUGUAAUCUGAGUGGCAUUUUGGUCUGCUGCCUGUGUUGCUGAUCUCUGAUACACUAAUGUUGGAAUAAAUUUUGUAAACAUCACCUAACUUAUACCUGUACGGUUCAUAAGGUCUGAAUCUGGCAAAUAAAGCAGUGUUUAUUUUUCCUA